AUGGUGCUACAGCUGGAGCGCCAGGAUCUCAGCUCCGGGGACUUCUACUACAAGCUGGAGAGCAGAGGCAUCGUCUCCGCCGUGCUGGCCAAGGUGAAGUGGACCGAGCCGAUUGCCCUGGUGGGUCGAUGUGCCAUGAAACCCGCCACCUGUACUUUGGCCUUCAGCGGCGCGGCGAACCUCAACUUCGUGGCAGGCAUUAUGGACUACAAGCCGGUGAAUCUCCGGCGGAAUUCAUCGGGGAGUCUGGAGGCUGUCAAGGAGUUCACAGCUGGCUCUCACCGCUUCCACCGCUUCUAUUGGGAGGUAUACGAGGACUUCCGGGCACAGGUGGGCUCGAAGGUCGUUGAGGCGCUGCAGGGCUGCGAGCACGUGACCAUCACGGGGCACUCCAUCGGUGCGGCCUUGGCGGCGGCCUUCCAAUGGGAGCACCUGGAGAGGAACAUGCAGCAGAUCACCGUGGGCCAAAACACCGCCUGGUUCGGUGCGCCCCCAGAUGUGGGCUGCCGGGGCAAGCGGCUCUACAAGGAGGAUGAUCCUGUGCCGUGGCUCCGUCAAUUCUGGUCUGGAGGUGAUGUGGUGCGGCACGCCCUGGUGCCUGGCCAGAUGCUGGCGUCCCCCCGCCUGGGACACCAGGCGUGGUUCGCUGAGCCGCUGGGCAGCUGCGAGGCCAACGAGCCCAUGGACCCUGCAUGUGUAGAUGGCUGCAGCCCUCUUGGUCCCCACUACAACCUGAAGAUCGGCUUGGGCAUAGGAGCCCAUCAGGCCUCCGCAUAUAUUGCGGCGACCGACUCGGCCUUCAACAUGAGCAAGUUGUCGCACGAGGCGGAAAGAGCAACUUCGGAGUGA